CAAUCAGAACAAUUUGUAAAAAUAAACAACUAUAUUUACAAAAGGCUAACAAAUUGUUACAAAUCGCAAAUAAAAGGUAUACAUGUACUUUUUAUGCAGUUUACUACCGAAAAAAACAAAAAAAAAAACAACAAAAAAAAACAUUUUCACAAUUUUAAAGCAAAGAGUAUAAUUUGAUCAACAGAAGGAAACUAAAGCGAAUCGAAUUGUGGUUUGCCUGGCAGAUUGUGCUUUGGUCUGGGUUACCGCUAGCUGGAUUGUUCCUAGAAAGCGUAGCCCAUGCAAGUCGCAGCCACUCUGGAGCAAGCGGGUGUUUCACUGAAACAGUUUCACAGUGGAAUGGAGUGACAGCUCGUAUUUUGCAAUAGUAAAAAUAAUGAGAAGACUGUAAAAGUGAAAGUUCCAUCCCAGAUGAUCUGAUCCGAGAACCACUGGAGGCAAAAUUCUCUUUUUUUGUUGCUAAUGCUCUACUCCAUUCUUUGAUUCAGGGUCGUCAACACAAAAAUGAUUACUUUGUUUCUCCAGGCUAUUGUUUUAGCAAUUUUUUAAAAUGUAGUUUAGAUUUGUGAAAAUUAGAUGAACCGCUAUUGGCACGUCUGAAACAAAUACUAAUUUAAGUGAUGUUUGCGGUUUUGUAUGUUUAACUAUGCACUUUAGUUAGUAUUCAGUAGUACAUUUCUUCCUUGACCCGACCUAUAUACACGUUAAUUUCAUCUCAUUAAAGAGAAGCCCCAGCACGGGAUACCAGCUGCUCAAGAAAAAGGCUUACAGCGGUGAACACAGGGAUCUGAUGCUUAAAACCUGCUAACAAUGAAGGGGCUGUGCGCAAUGCUGGUUAUAAUUAUUAUCGCUAACGGCGAUAGCUGGUGAUUUUGAAAGGAAUCAACAAAGGGAAAAACGAAACGACAGCUGAAAAAAAAAGAACAACUACAAUAAAACUACCAGCCAGGCGUGGAAUUGACCUGUUAACAGAGUCCUCAACAGAAGACUUCGUAUUGGAUCUUGCUUCAGGUCAAGAUGUUAUUAAAUAUAAAACAUAUCCUGUGGUUAUCCUGCACCCUGACAGUAACAUUUGCAGUUCAUAACAAGAGAAUCCCGGUUAUAAAGGUAGUAAAAAGCCCCCCUGUUACUGGGACUCUAGCUGGCAAAGUCGUGCUGCCAUGCCACUUCUCUGCCACGCCCACAUCAGCGCCCAUGCACAACGCCACCCACGACUACCUGAGAAUCAAGUGGACCAAAUUCGAGCAUGACAUGGAGACCACAGUGCUGGUGGCCCAGAACGGGUUGAUUAAAAUCGGCUCAGAAUACAAGAAUAGAGUGUCGGUGCCCAGCCACCCGGAAGACAUUGGCGAUGCCUCACUGACAGUAAUUAAAGUUCGGGCAAGUGAUGCCGGCCUUUACCGCUGCGAGGUCAUGUAUGGAAUCGAAGACACCCAGGACACAGUGGCACUGGACGUGGCUGGCGUUGUGUUUCACUAUCGGGCCCCAAGCAGCAGAUACACCCUGAACUUUGAGAUGGCUAAAAAAACCUGCGAGGAUAUUGGGGCUACCAUGGCAACCCCAGCACAGCUCACUGCCGCCUAUGAAGAUGGCUUUGAUCAGUGUGAUGCGGGCUGGAUGUCUGACCAGACAGUCAGAUAUCCAAUCACCAAGCCUAGGGCAGGUUGCUAUGGAGAUAAAAUGGGACGACCUGGUAUCAGAAGUUACGGGAUCAGAGACCCCAAGGAAACCUAUGACGUUUACUGUUUUGCUGACAAGCUUGAAGGUGAAGUAUUUUAUGCAGCAGUUCCAUCUAAACUCACCCUCAAAGAAGCCAGGAUAGAGUGCAGGAAAAGGGACGCAGUUCUGGCAAACCCAGGUCAGCUACACGCAGCCUGGAGGCAAGGCCUUGACAGGUGUGAUUACGGCUGGCUGUCUGAUGGCAGUGCCCGCUACCCCAUUUCCAUUGCCAGGACUCAGUGCGGAGGCGGCCUGCUUGGUGUGAGGACUCUAUACCGAUACACGAACCAAACUGGCUUUCCUCAUCCCACAACAAAGUUUGGCGCCUACUGCUUUAAAGGUAAAGAGUCUACAAAGUUGUUCACUGCUGUUGAAGUAUCAGUGGAAGGCGUGGAUUCAAUACGUAAAAACAUAUCUCAAACAUCACAAGCAACAGUGAAACCCACCAUGGCCAUCACUUUGAUAGAAAAGAGUAAUACCUCAACAAAGGAUCCAACUUCGGAACCAGCAACUAAAGAGAAUGAAAUUAAUGUGGAAGCUGAAGUAGAGUCACAGACUGUUGCUGAUUUGCAUUCUGGAGUAUUCCAACCAAGAUCUCCACACCACGAUAAACCAAGUGAGCAAGGUCCCCUUCUCACUAAUGAUGUCUUAGCAAGUUCUGUUGCCCCAGAGGCCGGCACUGCUGCUUUGACAGUUGCAGAAAGCAUCCCUGUCGGCCAUGGAGGGACUGAAACUGUACAGCCAGACAUCAGUGAGCAAAAUGCUACAGAAUCUCCAUCAAUGUUUUCAACAAGUAUGGCUAGUCCUGUUGAGCAAGAUACAUUUGAACCUGAACAGGACCAGGACAGUGAGACCACACGAGUGCCACCAACAUCUUUAACUGCAGAUAUGUUCAAAACAGCAAGAGUCUAUGUUUCCAGUGAAGCAUCAGUUCCCACUGAGGUGUCUAGCACUUCUGAUGCUACAGUGAAAACUCCUGUGUCUAAUUUCCUGUCAGAAGAAGAGAGAAAUUAUAUUUUAAUUUCUGAAGAAAUCCAACUUGAGAGUAUGCCAGAUGUGAAGCCUAGAGGUGACACUUUUUAUCCCACUACCGAAGAAACCACCUUUCCAGAGGAGCUGACAGUGAAACCAAGUACAGCGACGGGUUCCAGUUCUGUGGCUCUACCGUCUACCCCAGUGAUACCAGCUAAAAUGUUGCCUCCAAAAUCUGAUGUUGAAGAUGAUGCUGAAGAACCUUUCACGGUAGAUGAAGAAGUUCUUCAUGUGUUUACUACUAAGCAGCUCUUGGUUUCUACAGAGGAGGAAACUGGACCGAAUAGAGUUUUUGAAGUAAUCUCAACAGCUUCAAUGCCUCCAACACAGAAAAGCACAGUGGAAGACCUUAUUGAGGAAAAGAGUGGUCUUGAUCAAUCCAUUGUAUCUGAAGGCACAAACACAGUUUUGGCUGAAGAGUUUUCAGAAGCUGCAGCUAGACCUCAUGGGCUUACAACAUACACACCUGUACAAACACAAACUAGAACAGUUUCCUCAGGUGUGUUGUCGUCCAGAACAGUGACUGAAGAAAUCCAUAUGCAGGUUGAAGCCACCUACAUACCAAUGGAAGCCAAAAGUGAUGAUCAUAUUACAACAUUACUAGGUUCACGUGAAGCUGAAUCUGUGCAUUCACAACCUACUAACAAAGAACUACCUGACAUUACUGUACCUACUGAAAGCACUAGUCUUCUUAGCAGCCAACUAGGAGAAGAAGUAGAAAGGACAACUAUAUAUAAAGAUGCCUUUGAUGUUGUAUACACAGAAAUUCCAGCUGCAGGUGCUGUUACACAGCAAGACCUUAUUGAUGAGGAAAGAAGUGGCAAGGAUCAGGAAAUUCCUUCAACAGCUAGAUCUGAAACUGAAGUUACCACACAGGAUGAACAUAGCACAGUCCCCUACAUAGAAACUACAGCCACACUCUAUGGUCUGGAUGGUGAUAGAAAACUGGCAGCUAGCACUACAACUACAACUACAUCUCCUAGCCCUAUGACAGAAGCAACUCAGAGCACUGUGUCCUUGACAACGGUUUUGAUGAGGGAUGGUGUCACAAGUGAUGGGCCUACGGAGGCAUCUGUUAAGCCAGAAAAAGAUGUUGAAGGAUCAGCUCUGUAUGAAGAAGACGGCUCUGAGUCUACUGUUGUAUACACAAUUGAAGAUUCAUCUACUUUUCCAGGUGUCAGGUCAGAAGAAAUAGUAACACAGAAGAUACCAGAUCAAUCUUCUGAGGAAGGAAGUGCCAUGGACCAGGUAACAAGUUCAUUUGUCACUAGCAUUGGAUCAACACAGGCCUCUUCCCCUCGUCCACACAAAGAUGAAGAGACCUCUUCUGAUAAAGGAUCUGCCAUGUAUGAGGAGACCACAACAACAGAAGCCGCCAGUCCUCGUGCAACAUCUGUGCCAGAAUCCAGACAAAUGGAAGACAAAGUGACUGCAACUGAAGCAGCUGUGGUUUCAAAGACUCCUCACACAACUGAGCCUGCAGGUACUCCCACAACUGAUCAGGUUGACACAUUAUCCAAAGACCUAUUAGGAGAAAGUCCAACCAGUGCACUUCCAGAUGUAGCUGAGGGAUCUGCUGUGUAUGAGGAGCUUGAUGAAACAAAAGUCAGUACAACAGAGCCUUCUAAAGUACAACCAAGUGAAGCCACAGUCCUUUCUGAAACUCUCAGAGUAAGUGCAACCAGUCUUUAUAAAGAUGAAGUCAUCAUUUCUUCUGAAAAGGCAGUAGAAGCUACACUCCAGAUUGAGGAAGGAUCUACCAUGUAUGAGGAGACUACAAAAAUGGAAUAUAGUACUCUUCAGUCAACAUCUGAACCAAAAUCUGCACAGCCAGCAACAGGCAUGCUGGACAAGGUUGAAAUAAUCACAACUGAUGCAGCAUUGAUUUCACAGACUACUCGCACAACUGAGUCUGGUAUGGUACGACAGGUUGCUCUUCACUCAACUGUGCCUCCAGGUACUCUCACAACAGAGCAGGUUUCCACCUCAUCCAAAGACCUGCUGGAAGGAAGUCCAGCCAGUGCAAUUUCAGAUGCAGCUGAGGGAUCAGCUAUGGUUGAAGAGCUUAAAGAAACAAAGGCCAGUACACUUGAGCCUUCUAAAGUACAACCAAGUGAAGCCUCAGUUCACCUAACAGUAGGUUCUGAGGCUACAUCUAGUCCUCACAAAGAAGAAGACCUCACUUCUUCUGAGCUGUUAGACAAAGCUAUACCCACCAGUGUGCAAGGAUCUGCCAUGUAUGAGGAUACUAAAGAAACAGAAGACAUUACUCCUCGUUCAACAUUCAUACCUGAAUCUGCACAACCAGCAGACAAAGUUGAAGUGACUGCAACUGAAGCAGCAGUGGUUUCAAAGACUCCUCACACAACUGAGCCUGCAGCUAGUCCCACAAAGGAGCAGGUUGUGACCUCAUCUAAAGAACUGCUGGAAGGAUCUGCUAUGUUUGAGGAGACGGAGCUAACAGAAGGCAGCUCCACUGAUCUUUUUACAGCUAAACCCACAUCUGCAGAACCAGAAGCAAGCACACCGGAGCAUGUCAGAGUAAUACCAACUGAAGCAACAGUUGUUUCUGAGACACUUUCAUCCAGAGUAAAUGCACCAGAAACAAGAACGCUAGACAAGUUUGAAGUAAUCAUGACUGAUGCAGUAUUGAUUUCACAUACUCCUCACACAACUGAGUCUGGUAUGGUACGACAGGUUGCCACCUCAUCCAAAGAACUGCUGGAAGAAAGUCCAGCCAGUGCAAUUCCAGAUGCAGCUGAGGGAUCUGCUAUGUUUGGGGAGCCUGAAGAAAGAAAGGCCAUUACACCAGAGCCUUCUAAAGAACAAGCAAGUGAAGCCUCAGUUCACCUAACAGUUGGUUCUGAGCCUACAAGUAUUCCUCAUAAAAAGGAACUGUUAGUAGAAGCCGGAACCCCUGAAGAAGGUUCUGCUAUAUAUGAAGAGACUAAUGAAAGAGAAGCCAGCUUUCCUGAUCUUUCUACAGCUGAACCCAAAUCUGCACAACCAGAAGCAAGCACACCGGAGCAUGUCAGAUUAAUACCACCUGAAGCAACAGUUGUUUCUGAGACUAUUUCAUCCAGAGUAGAUGCUGAACCUAGCACCUCUUCUGUUAGCAAGCCUGUGGCUACUGAACAAUUAGCAACCUCUGCUGAACCUACAGUGGAAGAAGGAUCUGCUACGUAUGAGGACCUUAAUGAAACCAGCAGAGCAGAGCCUUCAAAAGUACAACCAAGUGAAGCUGCAGUUGAACCGACAGUUGAUGCUCAAUCUAUGACUAGUCCUCAAAAAGAUGAAGACACCACUUCUUCUGGGCAGUUAGUUGAAGCUGAACCUCCCAUUGAGGAAGGAUCUACUGUGGGUGAGGAGACUACAGAAAUAGAAGCCAGUACGACGUCCAAAUUUGAAUCUGCACCACCUGAAGUUGAAGUAAUCACAACUGAAGCAAAAGUGGUUGCAACCACUGGCUUACUAGGAAAGAAAGAGACAGUGUCUGAUAUACCAGAAGACACAGAUCGGUCUGCAAUGUUUGAGGAACAUUUCCAAGGUACACCACAUGAAGCGGUCACUGUUUCCAAGCCAGAGGUUACAUCAGAGGCUGCCGAACCUAGCACAUAUGAUACUAGAACUCAGGCGACACCAGCUAGUGAUGUCACUGUGUCACCAUCAGUCACAUCGAGCUCAGAAACUAAAGAGGGUGAGGCAAAGGCACCUAGUGUGACCACAGAGGAAACUGAAGGGUCUGCCAUGUUUGAGGAGACAAAGUCAACAGAAAAAAUUGCCAAAGUUACCUCUGCACCUGAAUCAAGCUCCCCACCAGCAUUAAGCACUGUUAAAUUACAUGAAGGUGUAACUAAACCUGCAGAGAUUCUUACCUCUCCAGACAAGAAUGCAGGGAAGCCAGUAAUUGUUUACAAAGAGAAAACUGAAGAACCAUCAACAGUUAAGCCAACUGAGGCUAUGAGCAUGGCCUACACAAUUUUAUCACCUGAUUUAAAAACUCCAGUUCAAACAGUAUUGCCCAAAACAACUGCAGAAACCGGGAGACCGUCUGUCCUCCUGGAAAGUGAACCUGGUGAAGACACAACCAAAGACAUGGUCAUUAUUGAUGAGUCUCCAACUGGAAUGCAUGAAUCUUCUGCCGAAGAAACCAUGGGCAAGGAUACCAUGUCAGAAAUUGAUACUGAAUACUUCACUACUGUUGCCACCAGACCUUAUUCUGUUGCCAAGCCAACUACAGCCACCUCAGAAACCCUUACUAUUCCCUGUACAAGGAAAACUGCCACAGAAAAGCCUAUACCUUUUGGGAAGGUGAAUGUCAUUGUCAUCACCAUCAAAGGGAAUGGAUCAGAUGCAGUUGGCCCUGUUUUGGAUAUAUUGGGUCAACCACUUGAUGCUGACUCUUCAAGACCCUCAGGCAGUAUUUUUCUACCUUACCCUUUUGACCACCGAGUGCCUUCUGUGACUGAUGUUCCCAUUCCCACAGAUGUAGAAGGGGAACCCAUUUCUGAAGGAAGCGGGGAACAUGAUUUCUUUGCCUCUUCAUCUGUGACCCACACCCCAGCUUUGAGCUUCAUAAAUGGGAAGCAUCAGGUGACACUUGAAACUGAGCAUCGUGAUGCACAGGAAGCAAGAGGAGAUCAAUUUGAGACUGUGUCCCCCACAGAGUGUAUGCUUCCAGUCCAAGAAACAGCAACUGAAGACAUUGCUCCAGCAGAAGCAACAACAGUGCACACUUCCACUGGCCAGCCUGAUGUCCUUUCUGCACAGGUAUUAGAAGAUACAUACACGACAGCUACAAAGCAACCUGAGGAGGACGCCAAAGUGCAAGGUGACAGCAAACUGGAACCAGAAAGUGGUGAUGCAACCGAGAAACUUGCUUCUGUCACUCCCCUUGCAACUUCCCAGCCCAUGUCAACGGCUUCAAUUGACAUUGAAACUGUGGAAAGCGACAGUCCAAAACAUAUUUUUCCUUUUGGGGAAGAGGAAGGCUCUAGAGAAGAAUCUUCCAGAAUAGGUGUAACUGUGACGUUCACUGUAUCAUCAUCAGUUCUCACCGACAAAGAUGCAGUAGUUUCAGUCACAGAAAAAGAGGAAAGUUCUGUUGUCACAUCUGCUCCAGGUUUGUCAGACACUACUCCAGCAGAACCAGCUUCUCCUUCAGGGAAAACUAUAGAACUGACCACCAGCAGCAUAAAGGAGACUGGUGUUAUUUCCAAUCAGGAGGAAGAGAGCUCUGGAGAUGCUCCAGUCACCGAAGCUUCCUAUACUACAAUCUCUGAAAAGUAUAUUGUGAGCUCUUCUGUACCACUUGAUCAUAUCAUGGAGCAGGAUACUUCAGGAAUGGAGGUUGAUAUUUCAAUUUUCCAGCCCCCUAUAUCUCCCAGUACUCUGGUGGAUGUAACCUCCAAAAGCAUUAUUGCUCCACUUACAGAUGACCAAAAAGAAGAAGACACUCAAAAACCAUAUUCUCCAGCUUCAGUUGCUGAUGAUGAGUUUAUGAGCACAGCAGCUACAUCUACACAUGACUAUGACACGAAAUCUGGUGAUGGAGACGUAGUGAGUGUUGAAAGCUUACCUCCUGUCGAAAUAGAUGAAGAAAGUUCUGGAGAGGAAGCGUUUGCGGCCGAACCACUUAUGAGCACCACUGUAUCUCCUGCUUCCGUCACUGGUGCUGAGGUGUCUGCAACUACAUCUGCAAGGACAGAAAGUACCUCUUUAAGACCAGCCAUCACAUUACCAGAAGAGGAGAGCUCUGGAGAGGAAGAACCUAUGAGCAAAACUGUCAUUGCUCCAGUCACUACAGAAUCACUGGUUCCUGAUAUCAGAGCUGAAGAGGAAAGUGCACCAACCACAGAGGUAACUGGUAGUGAAGAAUCUGCAACAGAAGCAACUAAAUCUGUUGAAAGAGUAACAAGUGCAGACACCCUUUUAACAGAUAGCGAGAGUUCAGGAGAAGGUGCUGUCACGGCAGAAUCCAUGUUCCCUUCUUUUGUUACCAUUAGUACUGUUAGUCCUGUAUUCAGCACUACGGGGCAGGCUGAAAAGACAUCAAUGCCCAAAAAGGACGGUGAAACUGCAAUUACAGCAUCACCCACAGAGAAGGUUUCUGUGGCUUCCAGCAGUACUGAAGAGGAGUUCACAGUUACCACUACAGAUAGCAAAAUUGCAAGUGCAGUCACUUCAAUCACAGAACAAGAAGAAAGCUCUGGUGAUAUGCUUACAGAGAUAAUUACAACACCUAUACCCAGUUCAACAGAGAAACCAAAGGCAACAACAGAAGCAAAGAAAAUUGAAGAGACCCAGACAGAUUCACCAUUUGUAGAAGGCAUCAGCUCUGGUGAAGAGCCAUCACAAACAGAACCUCAUGUACUGUUUUCUACUGUCAUCCCCACAGAAGCUGCCACAGCCAAGGAACACACAGAUAAAGGGUCACCCAUGGUUACAGAAAUAAGCAGCACUGAUGGCAAAACACCCAUUACUUCUGAUCUGGUGCCUGAAGCUGUUAGCAUUAUUACUGUUAAUGCAGUUGAUGGUGUUGAGAUGGCUGUUACAUCUACUCCAAUGCUAUCUUCCGUAGUGUACGAAAAGUUUGAUGAGCAACAAGUUGUAUUUCCAAGUCUAACAAGCAGUCAAGCUAAAAGUGGCAUUGAAGAAAUCUCAGCCACCACAAAACCUUAUGAAAAGACUCCAUCAGUAAUUAUUUUUACUGAAGAAAGCCUGGAUGAAGAUGAGUUGUUCUCAAGUCCAAGGGAUAGUGUUACUGAAGACCAUCAAAGCAUUGGGGUAAAAGCAACAGAAGAGACUAUUAUUGAUGCAGAUGCAGUUAAAAUAGAAACACCUUACAAAGAGUCAUCCCCACCUUUUCCUCCUACAGUUAUUACAGAAGAAGCAGGGGGUAUAGCAGCUGUGACCUUUACUCCAAGGUCCUCUGGGAUACAUGAUGAGACUGAAGGAUCUGGUGAACCUACUUUGGCUCUUACUUCUGAGUUUGAAACAACAGACUUCAAUGUUGAAGCUGUGACUUCUGAGUUUGGGGUUACUCCUACAUACAUAUCUAAAGGCAUGGUUACAGUUGAGAAUGAUAGGGAACCUAGUGUAAGUACAGAAGAAACAUUAACAAGUGAAAAGGAGAAACACACGCAAACAACACCUUUAAGUGAAUCAUCAGGAGAUGAAAUUACUGAGAUGGAUACAGUCCCAAAAUCAGUGGAAACUACAGUUGCAGCGGAACCUUUUAAAGUCACAACUCUUUCACCAGUUCAAACAAGUUACCUGCCUAGUGAAGAUCACACUGCUGCACCAGAGAGCAAAUUAGAAGAAACAUAUAUCUCUACAUCACUGUCUUCUGCAUCAACAGAUGCAACUGAAUACCCAACACCAGGACCUGAUACAGAACUUCAUUUAACUACUCAACUUCAACAACAUGAAAAAAUUGUUCAAUUAAGCACCACAACUUUGCCAAAAACCCAAGUAAGUCCUUCUGAAGAUGCAUAUAAGGAAGUAAUAUCAGAGGAUGCAUCAACUCACAUAUCAUCUACUGAACAGUUACUUGAACAAUCUGCCACUCCAGAUCCCCUGGAUUCUAAUGCAGAAUCCAGCCAAACACCUGCUGUUCCUGAAUUUGUUGAUGCAGGACCACCCUCAUCAGCUAUUGAACAUUCCUCCAUAUCGACCUCUGAAGUUCAAGAUAAGGAGAGCUCUGGGGAGGGAAUUACUCAGGAAGCUGUUCAAGAAGAAUCCACUGCCGGAGUAGUUGUAGUUACCACAGCACAACCUUCAGCACUGUCAGCCAUCUCUCAACCAGGACCUUAUCCAAUGGGUGACAAGGAACUUCCCCCCUCAUCUGAAACUAUUAGUAUAGCAUUAACAACAUCAACAUCCCCAGUAUAUGAAAGCACUCUGAAGGAAACUGAUGGCGAAGAGAAAAAAGAGGAUGAAUCCCCUUCACCUAUGAAAAUAUCAGAGCAAACAGAUGCUGAAGGUUAUGCCCCAUCUGCCAUUGAUGAGGAUAUCACCAGAGGUGAAACUUCAAUAACUGACAGUGUUAUGCCAUCUGCUACUGUAGAUAGUAUUGAUUCCCCUACACCAUCCAUAGGCGCUGUUUUGGAACAUGAGAGUAAAGCUGAAGAAGCAGAGACUUCAACUCCACCUGCUGUCCUACCAGCUGUGGAAACUCAAGAAACUCUUCUAGAGGAGACUGAAUCUUCCCCAUCACCAGAUGAAGAGCUUACCCCAGUGUUACAAUGGGUUGAAAGCAUGCCACACUUCAAAGCAACUGAUGAACCAAUAGCAUCAAGUGAGAAGAUUGAGGACAGAGAGAUUGAUCACAAUUUAUUUGACACUGAAUCCCCUGGAGAGCAAGUUGAAGCUCAUAUGGUCCAGAUUCCAGGACAGGGUCUUUGUAACGAACAGUUGUGCCUUAAUGGAGGUUCAUGUUACCCAAGGAGCAAUUCCUACAUCUGCACAUGCACACCAGGAUACAGCGGGGAGCACUGUGAAAUAGAUAUUGAUGAAUGCCAGUCGAACCCUUGCCGAAAUGGAGGCACUUGCAUUGAUGGCAUCAACUCCUUCACUUGCAUGUGUCUACCAAGCUACGCCGGGACUGUUUGUGAACAAGACACUCAGACCUGCGACUACGGUUGGCACAAAUUCCAGGGGCACUGCUACAAGUACUUUGCCCACCGCCGCACCUGGGAUGCCGCAGAGAGAGAGUGCCGCCUGCAGGGGGCACACCUCACCAGUGUCCUCUCAAAUGAAGAACAGCUCUUUGUGAACCGUUUGGGUCAUGACUACCAGUGGAUUGGACUCAACGAUAAGAUGUUUGAGCAGGACUUCCGCUGGACCGAUGGCAGUCAUCUGCAAUAUGAGAACUGGAGACCUAGCCAGCCAGACAGCUUCUUUUCAUCUGGGGAGGAUUGCGUAGUUAUGAUCUGGCAUGAAAAUGGCCAGUGGAACGAUGUGCCCUGUAAUUAUCAUCUCACCUACACCUGCAAAAAGGGGACUGUUGCCUGCGGUCAGCCUCCGGUUGUGAAUAACGCCAGGACGUUUGGCAGGAUAAGGCCACGCUAUGAGAUCAACUCCUUGGUCAGAUAUCACUGCAGAGAAGGUUUCAUCCAGCGGCAUGUACCAACUAUCAGGUGUAGAGGAGACGGAAGAUGGGACGAACCAAAAGUAUCCUGCUUGAGCUCAUCCACUUACCAAAAGACUUACGCAAAGAGAUACUAUAACAACAACUUUGACAAGAGUGGUACAAGGAGCCCCAACAAAAAUCAUGUGAGACACGUACAUCGCUGGAUCAACAGGCAAGAGGAAUGGAGGCGCUGAGCAGCUCCAGGGAGCCAGGUCUCCACACUCAUCCAGCCAAAGUCCUGAUGAACAGUGCCUUUAAUGACGUGUAUUGGGAGGUUUUAAAGUGCAUUUCAGAGAAUGGCCUUCAGUGUUAAAAGAACACACCAGAAACGAGUGCCUGAUAAGUUAUCAGAUGUUUUAUUUUUUUUUAACUUCUAAAAUGAGUUGAAAGUCUUGUUAUCAAAGCAUACUGAGAAGUCUUUUUCUUGGGUGAUGUUUUUUUGGUAUUGUUUAUUUUUUUUUGUCUUUAUCUGUAAACUUAUUUCCGGCCUCAUACUUUUUCACUGUACUAGUCUCCUGUUUAAGCAAUUCCACAGCACGACACAGCAGUCUGUACUUGUUUAACAAGUAACACCAUCUACCAGUCCAGUGAAGAAAAGAAAACAUGUAAAUAAGAGUAAUGUGACAGUUUAAUAAUGCUUAAAUAGUGUAAAUAAAUAUUCAUAUUUAAGCAGACAUAGUACUUGUUACUUACCAUUGGUCAUUCAGAGGAUCUUAUCCAUUGUUUAUGCUGCUCCAAGUUGAGGCUGGGAAUUGUUUGAAUAGCUUUAUUUAAAAAAAAAAAAAAAAAAAAAAAAAAAAAAAAAGAUUUGUGAAAGGAAGGAAGGCUAACUGAAAUUUAACUCGUAACUGAGGGCCUGUUUCCUGAAAAUGAAACAUUUUCUGCUAUUCUAUAUAGUAUAAUGCAUUCUAAAGCACAUCUAGAGACUGCAAUACAGAGCCACUCACACAUUCAGCCAUCAUCGACCAAUCACAUUCAGAGACUGCCCGAGGAUAUGACUGCCUUGCUCAGAAUAUGGUUGGCCCCCACUAGAGAUCAAAGUGCCAGUAAUACAUUAACACACUUUGUAUUUUGAUCUCAUUCACUCUCUCGGAUAUGGUAGCUUUGAGCGGUUCUCAAACAAAUGCGCUAAACUAAAAUUAUGUUAUUAUAGAACUGCAUUUUGCUACUUUUAUUGUAAAUAAAACAUUUUUUUGUAUAUAUA